AUGGCAUACUCUGCUAGCUCUAGCAACAAUAAAUCAUGGGGUCUUACCGUACCUGGAAGACCACCAACUCCUUCUGAAGGAGUAGCUCAGCAAUAUUCGCGUUUCGGACCGCGUGAAGGCCAGAAACUAACCACCUUCCCCAAUGGUACAUGCUUAGAAUAUGGACCUGAUGACCCGAUUGACGAAUUUAAUCCGAGCAAGCAUCCAUUUGCCAACCAGGUUGCACAAGUCGAUGGGGCAAUUAAAGAUAUCAGAGCUGUUCGCGACAGAUACCAGCAACGUCGGAGAACCCAGCAUGACAUUACUACGAGUGGCCAAAGCAGUGAUGCAGGUAGUGAAAGCACUUCUGUCGAAGAAGAUCCAUUCGAUAACUUCCGUGCAAUUCCUGCCAAGGAAUCAGAAGUGCAGAGUAUCAGUCUCGACUCGGGAGUUUACCAGCAGGUGCCCUCCAGAUUUGGAACAGUCACCGAUAUGGCGUCUGUCUACUCUCAUCCAAACAAAUCAGAUGUUCUAGGAUUUGGCCACCCAGUACUCGCUGGCCCACGGUCUGGAAAUGCUGGAAAGAGCGACGCGACACAGGCGGCCCCAUCGCUUCCUCGCCAGGUGGGUGAUGAUAUGGCAACAUAUGAAGGUGGAGAAGGCCAGUCUCACAGAGGGAGACGUCGACGGCCACGCAAAUCUAUUCCUAUGUGUGAUGGCAAUGAUGACUCAGAUGAUGAGAAUGAUGAGAAUGGUGAUGCUAGAAACGCCGGUCCUCCCAAUCAGCCAAAUGGGUAUAUCCAGCGACGUCCGGUGCCGAGAAACGUUGGCUAUCACAAUAGCUCAAGCCAUGGAAACCCUGGCCUUGCCAACCACGCCAAUACACUUCGUCCAAUCUCGAGGAACAAUGACUAUCGCAAUAGCUCAAACCAAGGAAACUCUGGCUUUGGAAACCAGACCAACAGGCUACGCCCGCAAGUCCCAGUACAUAGCAACGUCGGUUAUCACAAUCACUCGAACAAUGGCAACAUUGGCUCUAUGAAUCAACCCAAUGCGAUUCGCCCAGUUUCGAGGAACGUUGGCUAUCACAGCAGCUCCAAUUAUGGAAACCCUGGCCCUGCGAACCAGCCCAAUGCCUUUCGCCCACAAGGCCAAAUGCCUAGCAACGUUGGCUAUCACCAUGAUUUGAACAGUUUCAAUGCCGGCCCUAUCAACCAAUUCAAUGUGCGCCCAAUGCCUAGCAACGUUGGCUAUCACAAUGAUUUGAACAAUUUCAAUGCCGGACCUACCAACCAAUUCAAUGUGCGCCCGGUGCCUAGCAACAUUAACUAUCACGAUAUGAACAAUAUCAACACCGGCCCUGACAGCCAAUUUAAUGGGCUUCUCCCGUUGCCUAACAACAUUGGCUAUCACGAUAGUGCAAACUUUUUCAACAUCGGCCCUGUCAACCAGCCUCACGCGCUUCGGCCCAUGCCUAGCAUCCCUGGCUAUUACAAUAAUGCGAACAAUUUCAACGCUGGCCCUGCGAACCAACCUAAUGGAUUUUUCCCGAUGCCUAGCAACGUGGGCUAUCACAACAAUUCAAACAAUCGUACCAUGGGCUCUACCAAUCAGCCGACUGACUAUCGUCCGGAGCCUGGAGAUAUUGGGUAUUCCAAUUACAUGAGAAAUAACAAUACCAAUCGCGGCUACGAGCAAAAUGAUCCUUGCCCAGUUGCUAAUGGCAUUGGCUUUCGCAGUAAGAUGAACCCUCAUACCGCACGUCAGCAACAGCAACAGCAGACCAUGAACCAAUCACGGGGGGGGGAAAUCAAGAACUUGCACACACAAGCUAUUGACCGUGCUAGCCUUCCUCAUCCAUUGCGAUCUAACCCUGUGAAUAACUUUACUCGAGGAGCGCCGGUGGUUGAAGAUCCCGUUGACAGACCACCUUCAUUGCCAGACCUUACAACUGCACUUGAAAGACUUGACGCUGGGGAAACCGAAGAAAGCCGAGCAUAUUUCAGCCGUGUGGUCGAUUUCUAUUGUUCAUCUUCCUUCGAAGGCUGGAACGGCGAACCAAGCACCAGAGGCAGCGGUGACACGGGACGCUUGACUGAGAGGGUAGCCCCAGCUUCUACAGAGCAGGUAGCGGAGGCAGUCGCAGCUGAGGCUUUAUUAGACCUUCAGCGUGGUGUCGAGAACUUGCCCAGUUCGGAGCACUACCCUGACGGCCGAAACAAUGAGUCUAGUGCCAGCGAGGAGGCGUUACCCAGUCCCGGAGACGAGUCGCUUAGUGAACAAGCAAAUCAAAUGCCAUAUUGGUACACUGAACCCCGCUCGGAUGUGCCAUCGAGUCUUCCAUCGGCAGAAGACCACCCGCAAUUGACCACGAGUCCUGAUUCGCCAGAAGACGAGUCAAGCCCGGCAACACCUACCGAUCAGCCAGCUGAAUAUAAUUUUGGCGAGGUCGAUAGCCUGGGUUAUGCGGAAUAUGUCGAAUAUGCCACGCCUUGGAACCAGGAACUCACGCCCAGAGCCACCCAAGACAGCUUGACAGAUGGACAUUUCGGUGAAGCAACGCCCCAAACACCCGAACCCGCCCAACAGCCAGGAGAAGAAGGUAUACUUCCAGAUGGCCGUGAAGAUCCGGGAGACUUUCAGGGCCCAGACAGCUUUUCAACAGAGACGGUUGAAGAAUAUUAUGGAGGUCCACGAGGCGCUCAAAUCCAAGGAACCGCUUCAGAUCCAGGAGGGUUUUGGGGUCCAGAUGGCGUUCUAAGAGAGAUAACCCCUGAGGACUAUGGAGUUCCACGAGGCACUCUAGCCCCAGUUCGUUUUGCAAAUCUAGAGGGUCGUACUGUUGUAGGAGGACCAGCAAUGGCAAACCCUGGCAUGAUCAAUGGUCAGAAUGUGGGGAUGGCCAACUUUCGGCGAGCGAUGCAGCAUCCACCACCAAGAUACAACUUACCAACACAAGGAAACUGGGCCGGUCCAUCUAAUCUAGGCAUCCUCAAUUACCAGCCAACUAUGCCACACAACAGUGGGAUGGUCCUCUACCCGCCAUACCCCGUUCCACUAGUCUACAGCCAACCUCAGCUGCCCUUUCAACCUCAGCAGCACCUUCAACCUCAGCGGCACCUUCAACCUCAGCAGCCCAUUCAACCUCAGCAGCCUCUUCGUCAGUUCGGACAUGAAUUGAUUCAUCCAGGCGCCCCCCUUGGUGAGGGAGCUCAGCAAAAUAGGUCAAGAGGUGGUGUAGUUCUACGUGACCCAAUUGGCCCCGUACGGCGUGUAGUUCUCCGGUCGCCCAUUGAUUUCAAUACUACUUGCCGGUAUCCGCGCAACAUGAACGUGCCGUUCCAGAGAAUUGGCAGUCAUCCGCAGAAUGAUAUGGGUUUUCAGGCUGGUAGAGGCGAAAGACGUCCCAGUGCCUUGACAUCAUGGACUACUCGAACUGGCCCUUUCCAUGGCAACAACGUCAUGGAUCCUAGAAACACCAUUUUCGGAGAGGAACCUGGUUUUGUCAGUCUGCCACCUUCGCCAACAGUGCAGAGUGGUCAUUCAGCUCGUGGCAGAGGACGACGUCUGUUUGAGCGAAGCCGUGGAUCAACACCCGGUGCCAAUUCCAGUCGUCUAGUUGCUGCUCCUUCAACACCUGAACAGCGCCGAGCAUCAGGCUCUGGCUCUCCUCAUCAGUGGCGAUAA